AUGGAAAAAAUAUGUGAUACUCCAUUUAUAGAUUUUGAUAUAUAUAAUGUUUUCGACAUUAAAUUACUUCGAGAACACAUUCGCAACAUGGAAACAGAAGCGGCAGCGAAGAUUUUGGGAAUGUACAAAGACAUUAUAACUUACCUUGUUAUUGUAUACGAAGGAUUUGAACCAUACAUAACACAAAUGGCCGAGCAAUGGAUUAAGUAUGUAAGAAGAUUUGAUCGUCUUUUAGAAGAUGCUUUACGCUUAUCUAUUAAAGCUACAAUGCAAAAUGUGUAUAAAUGCGUACAUGGGGAUGGGACUAUGGCACCUGCGCCGUUAAUAAAGAUGAACCUUUACCUCUCAGAAACCAAAAUUGUAUUCCUUCCUACAAGUUAUGAGACAAGGGAAACAUUUAGAACCAUUUUCGAAGAAAUAAUUCACAUAAGUAGUACAAUACCGAGAUUAUAUGAAAAAUUUUCUCUUCCAUCUGGUGGCUUGAAAAGGUUUUACGAGAUCAUUCAAUUUGAUGCAGAUAGUAACCAACUUCAAACAUUAAUUAAUGAUGAGAUCGAUUUAAGUUUAAGCAUGCUGCGUGAUCAUAUAAGCAUGUGGAAUCCAUAUGCUCAUAUAUGGGAAGUCAAUAAAGAGGCGUUUUUAAGAAAAUAUCAGGAGGAAAAGCAUAAAGCAGUAGAAUUUGAUAAUUUAAUAAUUGCGUAUAGCGAUUUAGCGAAUGCCGUGCAAGUACAGGAUACCAUUAAUCAGAUUCAUUUUAUAACUUUAAACUCUAGCGAAUUGAAGAAGUCUAUCAUUGGACAUUGCUUAAUGUGGCAAAUUCAACUAGGUCAACUGUUACGAAAAAUUACUGAAACUGAUAUAGAUGGGAUAUAUGCAUAUGUCGAAAAGAGUAGCGAAGAAGCUAUGACGAUGCCAACGGAUCUAAAAGAACUAGCAACAGCUAUAGCAACUUAUGAACGGCUAGUUUCUGAAAUUUCGCAAAUAGAACAAAAGUUUCCACCUAUAACCGAUCAAAUGACAACAUUAGCUAAGUUUGAAGUAGAAUUAAGUUCAGAUAUGGUAACUCGUCAUGAAAAUAUUCCUGUAAUAUGGAAUGAAUAUUUGAAUGUAUUGGAAGAUGCGAAAAAAGCUUUAGAAUUAAAUAAGGACAAAUUUAAAAAUGAAUUAUUGGAACAAGCUGAGGAAUUUAAAGAAACUGCUAAAGAAUUCUGUGAAGAAUUUUAUAAAACUGCACCUUGCACUUCGGAUAUUAGUGGCAAAGAUGCUCUGGCACAAUUGAAAGCUUUUAGAGAGCAAUUAAAUGCACUUAGAGCCCAGGAACAACAGAUAAGAGAUGGCCUCGCAGUAUUUAAUUUAACGACACCAGUGAAUCUGGACCUCCAAAAAAUGGAGAAAGAGUUGGAGAAAUUGGAAGAAGUUUGGGGCUUGGUCUUUCAAUGGGAGGAGUCAUGGGACAAAUAUAGAACACAAACUUUUUGGGAGAUGGAAACUGAAGAGAUGGAAGAAAACGUUAUGUUCUUAUUCAGAAAUUUUAAUCGCCUCUCACGUCAACUAAAAGAUAAAGGAUGGGAGAUUAUAGAAACUACUCGAGUUAAAGUUGACGCAUUUAGAAGAACACUACCCUUAAUAGGUGAUUUAAAAAACCCUUGUAUGAGAGAAAGACACUGGGACAGAAUAAAGACACUUAUGGGCGUUGAGUUUGAUCAAUCCUCAGAAGAUUUUAAGUUAGAAUUGAUUAUGCGCUUAAAUUUCCAAGCCUAUGCUGAAGAUAUAGCAGAAAUUUCUAAAGCUGCUACUAUGGAAUUAAAUAUUGAAAAUGGUCUUAAGGCAAUUCGUGAAGUGUGGAAAAAUACAACAUAUGAAAUGCAACAUCACCGUGGUGAUAUUUAUAGGAUUAAAAAUGUUGAUGAGGUGACGCAGUUUUUAGAAGACCAUCAAGUACAACUAUCUUCCAUGAAAUCAACAAAGUACGUUGAGCCUUUUAUUAAAGAAGUUGAUCAUUGGGAAAAGACGUUGGGAUAUGUUGCAGAGUGUAUAGAGAUUUCAUUACAAGUACAACGACGCUAUCUGUACCUGGAAAAUAUUUUUAGCGGUGAAGAUAUUAGAAAACAAUUGCCAAACGAAGUUGUUAUCUUUGAUGAAUUAACAGCUGGUUGGACGGAAAUAACAAAGAAUAUGUAUGGUGGAAAGAAUGCGAUAGAAGCGUGUACUUUUAAACCUGCUCCAUAUUUGUACAAUAAACUUAACGCUAUGGUGGACAAUUUAGAUGGUAUAUUACGAGCAUUAGAAAAAUACCUUGAAACUAAAAGACAAAUAUUUCCUCGUUUUUACUUCAUUUCUAACGAUGACCUCUUAGAGAUUCUUGAUUGGCUUAAUCGAGCACCUGUUGUACUGACGGAUAGUGGUAAAGGUGAGGCAUUUUGUAAAUUAUGUAUCACACCACUCCGUGCGCACAAAACGGAUUUAGAAAAGCACAUGAAAACUAAAACACAUAAAGACAAAGAAUUAAGUUUUUCUAAAAAGCAACCCAAGCUUGCAUCGUUUGGCUACUCCUCAAUUAGUAACAGUUCAUCAAAAGAAAAAAUAAUAGACAUACAAAUAUCUGCCUAUGUCGCCGCUCACAGCUCCAUACGCAGCAUUGAUCAUCUGACAGAUGUGUUAAAAAUCUGUGGGACAGGGAGUCCUCUUGAAAACAUUCAAUUACAUAGAUCAAAGUGUUCGGCCAUUAUAAAAAAUGUUCCAGAACCAGCCAUGCUCAAAGCACUUUUAGAAGAAGUUGGUAACCAGAGCUACUCUAUUAUACUGGAUGAAUCCACUGACGUAACAACAGAAAAGUACAUGGCAUAUUGCAUCCGAUACUAUAAUUCAAAACUAGAAAAAAUAGUUGUUGAUUUUUUAGGCUUUCAAGAAGUAUUUGAAGCAACAGCUAGCGGCCUAUAUACAUCAUUUAAGAGUUUUAUGUCUAAAAUGGGUUUGAAUCUUCAAAAUCUAAUUGCAAUAGGAACUGAUGGAGCAAGUGAUCCCAAUAUUGACCGAGAAGCUGUUAUGAACCAAUGGCGCGUAUUAAACACUAUGCGCAUUGAGGAGAUAAUCGGAACAGCUGCUUCUCCUAAUGACAUUGUAAAUUUUUGGAUUCAAGUGCUAAAAAUGAAAAAUGCUGGUGGAAGCCUGAUGUUUAAAGAACUAGCAGUGUUUUCGAUACGAUGCCUUUCAUUACCUUUGAGUAAUGCCGUCGUUGAAAGAAUUUUCAGCGUAAUGGGGACAAUCAAAACAAAAUUAAGGAAUCGCAUGCAACUACCCAUGCUGAUCGCAAUUCUUAUGAUUCCUACCCAUAUGAAUGUAAGAGGUUUGUGUUGUAACAACUUUCAACCAAACAAUCACAUGGUGAGUUUGCACGCUGGCAGAAAAAUGUAUGUCUCCGGUGGAUCUUGCGCUAGUACUAGCACAUCAACUACUACUGAAGACGGCGAAAGCCUUGGUUAUGCCUUAUUAUUGCUAGCAGAGGACGAAUCAGAAUAA